CCUAAGACCAAAUUUUAAUUUAAACCAAUUCAAACAAAGCUAUUUCGUUUUCGGCAGAAUAACUAAAGAUGGGUAAAAGCAAGAGAGUUACUGAAGAAAAGGACGAAGGCAAAGCAAUCAGGAUAGCGAAGACAGGAUGGAAUGCGGUAAAAUGCAAUGUGAACAGAUUUACCAAAGAUAGCUACGCCACACUUCCCAGCAACUUCAGCGAAGGAGAGCUCCGUGGUCUGUUCAGAGAACUAAAGUACGACUAUUUUGACUUUGGGGAUGAUGAGUCAGGUAUCGCGGAAAGGAACAAGAUCACUAUCGGAGAGUAUAUGGACUUCCACAAGGACUUCUUGAAAACCUUCCAGUAUGCAACGAGUAGAAAGGAACUGGUAACCAGCGCAGUCAAGAAAGUUCACAACGAUCAGGUAGCCAGAUUCAUCAAAUCUGUCAAGCAUGACGUUGAGUUUAAGAAAGAACAAGAGAAACAUUACGAUCUCAGAGUGUCAAGUGAUUAUUUCUCUCCUGAUACCAGUCGAUUAUUACUCCCAGAAAACUUUCGCCUACAAAAGGAUUCUUCAUUCGAAGAAGCACUGUACAUUGAAGCGCUCAUGUUUUUGGAACCAAUGAUUGACCGUGGCAACACCUUUCCAGAAAACGCGGCGCCUGAUAAGGGCGUACCCGGCCCAAAAGAAAAGAAGCUUAGAUCAGUGCAGGGGGCGACAUAUGAUUUUCGGGGUUACACCGGAUUUGACACAGAGGCAAAACGUCAGUUGUAUUUCACGGAGCUGGCUACAUCUGCCGUGAAACUCCUGCCAGGUAUCCAAAAAGUCAAAAGUCGUACUCCCAGCCUUAUUACCUAUGGUCCGGACAGUAAAAUUUUCACACAAUGGUACCUAUCGAGCAUUGGCAAUUUCUUCUCUAGCGGUCAACUAAUGUACUUCAAAACAAGGAUCGCGGAGGACCCUGAACCCGAACCUGAAGAUGUGUUCGAGGACUACUCUUCGUAUAGCAGUUUAAUUCCCAGUAAUCCACGGGACGGAUCCUUUAAUUACAAGGAAUAUAAAGCGGAAAAGAAGGAUAUGCAUGUAAGGUUCCGGGCAGCUUGGGAUUUGAAACAAAAUGAGAAAAGAGCUUUAAAGGCAUACGAGGCAUUCAAAAUUAACUGGGAAACCCACAAAGUAACGCUCAAACUCACUCCUUCCAUCGGCAAGAACUCUGUCUACAAGUGGGACGAUAACUCAUUGCUGCCUUCGUGCUCCGAAAUUGGACAAUUUGCAUACUCAAAAGAUAAGUACGCCGCCAAAGAAGAUAAUCUCCCUCAGUAUGACAUACAUUACCAUAACACUCGCAUGGAUCCUCACAACAUUGCUGAAGUUCGGGAAUAUGUUCAGAAAAUUCCGCUGAACGUGUUCAAAGACUACAAAAAGGAUCUGCAGCAGUUCAUUCAAGAUUACAACAAUAUUAGAAGAAUCUGGUACAACGUUGACCCUAUCCAAGUCGAAAAGACAAAAAAUGAAAACCACAACCCAACAGCCCGUAAUAAGAUUGCCAACGCCUCCCAACUGGCCGUGUACAUUAGCUACCAUCCUUUCAUGCUAGCCCAGGCACUUCACUUGUCGGGGCACCCAUAUCAAAUGAGUCAAGCUAAUUGGUGGAUCGCCAAGGUCAUUGUCUCUGACAUUGCCAUCACCAAAGAAUUUGUGGGUCUGGUUGAGCAAGGCAUGACAGUUUACGAGUGGCCUGCAUUUGCUUUGAGGGCACUUAGACGUAGUGCCGCAGAGUAUGAAAAUAGAGAAGAGUGGAUCGCCGAACAUAGGUAUAAAUUCAAUGGGAGAAACGGGGAAGAUUUCAAGUACAUUUUAGAACUACUGGAAUCAAAGGAGCUUGAUAAGGUAAUGGCGCGAGAAGUGUUUUUACCAUAUAUCGGCGAACAGCAAGAACUUCCCGAAUCAGUUACGAGGGGUACCUGGGUCAACGCCCCCAAGAAAGUUCUUAAGAAAAGAGCCCCCGAAAGAAGCCAAAAAUUCGAAGCCAAUCUACCUUCACCAAAAAAACAGAAACCACAAGAACAACCGAAACCAAAAGCAAGACUAAGAGUUGAACCUUACAAGUUCAAGAGGAUGUCGAGGAUGAAACCAGAGUAAAGGAAUUUAAGGAAUUUAACCAGUAUUUUAGCAUUUUACAAUAUUUUAA